AUGGCCCUUCUGAAGAUGAAGUUCCCCCUGCAGAGGCGUGUGCAUCUGGCCCAGGGGCUGUGGUUGCUUUCGUGGCUGGCAGUGAUGUCUGGGGCCUUCACCUUCUGUCUGGGGGUCUACCUCAAGACCGAGCUGCUUCGUAGGGCUGAGGUGAUGGACAACACAGAAAUCUACGUGGUACCCAACAUCCUGAUGCUGGUGGGACUGGCUUCCAUUGGAACCAACUGGUUUGCCUGCCGGGUGUGUCAGGACUCCCUGGACAUGUCCCGCUUCCCUCGCUGGAAGCACUUCCUGCUGGCCUGGUUUGCCGUGGCUUUUCUCCUCUGUUCUCUGCUCAUCAUUGCUGUGGUGCUCAGUUAUGCCCUGCAGGGACACCUCGAAGAGUCUCUCAAGGUGGGUCUGAGGAAUGGCAUCCGGUUCUACCGGGACACAGAUGUGCCGGGCCGAUGUUUCCAGAAGGAGACCAUUGAUCGUUUACAGAUUGAGCUGCGCUGUUGCGGAAAUAACAACUUCCGGGACUGGUUUGAAGUCCAGUGGAUCAGCAACCGAUACCUGGACUUCACCUCGAAGGAGGUCAAGGAUCGUAUUCGCAGUAACGUGGACGGCCGCUACCUGGUGGAUGGCGUUCCUUUCAGCUGCUGUAACCCCGCCUCACCGCGGCCCUGCCUGCAGUACCACCUGCUGGACAACAACGCCCACUACAACUACGAGCACCAGUCUGAGGAGCUCAACCUGUACAGCCGCGGUUGUAGGCAGGCUCUGGUGAACUACUACAUGGAAUUAAUGAAUGCAAUUGGUCCAGGAGUGCUGUCAGUCAUCUUCUUACAGCUGUCAGUGGCGGUGAGUUUACGGUACCUGCAGACGUCUGUGGAGGCAGCCAUGGCUCUGGAGAACCCAGAGGAGGAGAGUGACGGCUUCCUGCUGGAGAAGGGCCUGAAGGAAACCUACGAGGACGCCAAAACCACCGUUCUUAACAUACUAAAGCUUGUGAAGGUCAACCCCACCACCGAGGAGACUCCUGAGGUGGUAGGAGGGCCAGAUGCUGCUGAGAAGGCUGCUGCCCCUGUUGCCAACCCAGCCAGCUAG